GGCGCGGUACCCUCUUGCUCUCGUCACCAAGGCUGAGGCUGAGUCGUUAGCAGCGGCGCCUUGGCGGAAAGAUGGCGGCGGCCAUAGAGUGACCGGACGGCGGAGGCGUCGGGAUCCCGCUGCGGCCCGGAGAGGGAACGAUGAAGUGAUGGAUCAUGACGCUCCGACCAUCAGGCCCCGCAGAAUCCAGAACCAGAAUGUCAUCCACCGCCUGGAGCGCCGAAGGAUCAGCUCUGGUAAGGCCGGCACCCACUGGCACCAGGUCCGGGUCUUCCACCAGAAUGUCUUCCCCAACUUUACUGUGGUCAACGUUGAGAAGCCGCCCUGCUUCCUGCGCAAGUUCUCCCCCGACGGGCGCUACUUCAUUGCUUUCUCCUCGGACCAGACCUCCCUGGAGAUCUACGAGUAUCAGGGCUGCCAGGCAGCAGAGGAUCUCCUGCAGGGUUAUGAGGGAGAGAUCUUGGCCAAUGGCAAUGACCAAAGAUCUGUCAACAUCCGUGGGCGGCUCUUUGAACGUUUCUUCGUCUUGCUUCAUAUCACCAACGUGGCCUCCAAUGGUGAGCACUUGAAUCGCGAGUGCAGUUUGUUCACAGAUGACUGUCGCUAUGUAAUUGUUGGCUCUGCUGCCUACCUGCCCGAGGAACCUCACCCCCCAUUUUUUGAGGUUUAUCGCAACAGUGAGUCAGUGACCCCUAAUCCCAGGUCCCCUUUGGAGGACUAUUCUCUGCAUAUCAUAGAUCUUCACACAGGUAGACUGUGUGACACAAGGACAUUCAAAUGUGACAAAGUCAUCUUGUCUCACAACCAGGGCCUAUACCUGUAUAAGAAUAUCUUGGCUAUUCUCUCCGUGCAGCAGCAGACUAUUCAUGUCUUUCAAGUGACACCUGAGGGCACAUUCAUUGAUGUACGGACUAUAGGUCGCUUCUGCUAUGAGGAUGAUCUCCUGACCCUCUCCGCUGUCUAUCCAGAAGUGCAGCGAGACACUCAGACAGGGAUGGCAAACCCGUACAAAGAGCCCUUCAUAAAUUCUCUGAAACACAGACUGUUGGUGUACCUGUGGAGGAGGGCAGAGCAGGAUGGAAGUGCGAUGGCAAAGAGGAGGUUCUUCCAGUACUUUGAUCAGUUGAGGCAGCUGCGCAUGUGGAAAAUGCAGCUGUUGGAUGAGAGCCAUCUGUUUAUUAAAUACACCAGUGAAGAUGUGGUCACACUGCGGGUGACAGACCCGUCACAGCCUUCAUUCUUUGUUGUGUACAACAUGGUGACCACAGAGGUUAUUGCUGUGUUCGAGAACACUUCGGAUGAGCUACUGGAGCUCUUUGAGAACUUCUGUGACCUCUUCAGGAAUGCCACCCUGCACAGCGAGGCUGUCCAAUUUCCCUGCUCAGCUUCCAGUAACAACUUUGCCAGACAGAUCCAGCGCCGGUUUAAGGACACUAUUGUGAAUGCAAAGUAUGGAGGGCACACAGAGGCUGUGCGGAGGCUGCUGGGUCAGCUCCCAAUCAGCGCUCAGUCUUACAGCGGCAGUCCUUACCUUGACCUCUCCCUCUUCAGUUAUGAUGACAAGUGGGUGUCAGUCAUGGAACGGCCAAAGACGUGUGGAGAUCACCCCAUCAGAUUUUAUGCCCGGGAUUCUGGCCUUCUGAAGUUUGAAAUCCAAGCAGGACUCUUGGGCCGACCCAUCAAUCACACAGUACGCCGCCUGGUUGCAUUCACCUUUCACCCCUUUGAGCCCUUUGCCAUCUCGGUGCAGCGGACUAAUGCAGAAUAUGUUGUUAAUUUCCACAUGAGGCACAGCUGCACAUAGUACAAUCCUGGGCUGGGGCAGCUGUUGCCAUCAUGGACACACCAAAGCCGGACACUCAUGCCUUCUAGGAAACCAAACCAUUGCUCACCUACGGAACCUGACCUGGAAGCCCUAACCAACCAGCAUUGUUCCCCAGCGUCUGCAGCUGGCACUCGCAAGCCAUUGAAAGAGAAUCCCGUUGUGCUUCUAAAGAAGCCAUCUUGAUUGGAGAUUAGUCUUAUGAUUUCUUUCUAUAGAUAUCCAGUUCAUAUUGCCAAAGCCCCUUGUUGCAUUAUACCCUGUCUUUUCCCACACCUAUUGGUGAACAAAAUGUAGCUGAGAAA